ACAAAACAAGGGAGACAACCGCUAUGGCGCUGAGCUUCAAUCGUUUCAUAAUUUGGUCAGAGGCGACAAUCCGUCGUCAUUCCAUUUAUUAUCGAACAGCCACAAACUGGACAUAUCAACAGCUGCAGCUUUGCCCGGUUUCUGCUAUAUCGAGAACCAAUCUAGCGACACCAUUCAGGUUAUAUUGCGACCAUAUAAAUUGUUGUUCACGUCUAGACCUGCUUGCUGUGGCUGAACAUAACACAUCUCCCUGGGAAGCACCAUUACCUCCCGACACUGAAAUAUUAUGUCAUAAAUUAUUCAGUCAUAGACAAACUGUGACGCUAAACCACAGACAUUUAUUGAAGUGGUUAACUUUCAGGUUUUACCGUUUUCUGUGUGUUUUACCAUUAAAAGUCAGUGGUAAUUGUGUAAAACGUAGAAACGAAGCCAACAUGUCGGAAAGUUCAUCGAAACCAACCAGUGCCGCUAAUCCUUCAACUCCGACUAAAGUUGCUGGUAACAACGAUAAGGACAUGGUCGAUUCUUUAGGGGCAGUCGAUGACAACCUUCAUUCAGGUACCAAUAACUCCUGCAAGAAGAAGAAAAGCACUGCCGGCGAUAAUGAACAACAGCAACAUCUGAUGAGCCGUGAAGAUGCUGGUGCCAACCCUGGUUAUGGCAACAACAACAACGACAAGCCGAUGGCGGGAAACCCCUCCGACAAGACCAGUCGUGAAGAAAAUGGUGAUUAUGAAGACAAGAAACAACCAAAACAUAAUAAACAGGAAGGAAGAGAAAGUUCAACUGAUUACAUCUCUAUCUCUAAUAUUCAAACAUGGCCAGAAUAUUUUAAAACUUCCAUUUCUCUCCCAAAAAGUGAUAAAGAUGUCGGAGAGAAACAAAGUGGGCGGAGUGCAGGAGAUGAUGUUAAAAUGUACUCAGUGAAUCCUGACAUUAAUAAAAAAAUAUCAUUGCACAAAGGUGACAUUACUAAGUUGAAGGUAGAUGUCAUUGUUAAUGCUGCUAACUCCUCAUUGCUUGGUGGAGGAGGAGUUGAUGGUGCCAUCCACAAAGCAGCUGGUCCAGAAUUGAAACGGAAAUGUCGAACCUUAGAUGGCUGUAAGACUGGAGACAUUGUGAAAACAGAAGGAUAUUGCCUCCCAGCAAAGUACAUAAUCCACACAGUUGGUCCGAUGGGAGAAAAAGCUGAAGAGUUGAGAAGUUGUUACCAGAAAUCAUUAAAUUCUUUAUUAAAAGAUGAAAGAACAAUUGCUUUUCCUUGUAUUUCAACUGGAGUCUAUGGUUAUCCCAAUGAUAAAGCAGCAGAAGUUUCCUUACAAACAGUACGGAAGUGGAUGGAAUCCAAUCAUGAAAAGGUUGACCGAGUUAUUUUCUGUAUUUUCCUGCCCAAAGAUGUAGACAUUUACAGAGAGAAGAUGCAGAAAUAUUUUCCCUUAAAUGAGAGAAAAUGUGCAGCAACAACAGCAGAGGAAGACAAAGAAGAACCAGUAGUAGUGAAUGUUGAAAGUAAUCAAGUUGCAGCUAAUGCAGAAUCUUCACUUAUCAGGGACACCAAGAAGGGUUCUGUCACCACCCAACAAUCAUAUAAAGGAUAGGGUGUGUGUCAAGAAUAAUGAAAUUUAAGAAACACAAUAACAACACUAAUUAAUUUGAAAUAUGGUAAAGCAGUCUUUGAGAAAAUAUUUGGGGUUGUUCAGCCAUCAUAUUGGUGGUGGUGUUUUGGUGUGGCAGCAUAUAUAAAAUGAGUUACAAUUUU